AUGGGAGGGUCCUGGCUUACAGGAUGGAGGCACGUCGUUUUGUGUGGUUGGCGGUGGAGUUACGCUGGGUCCGUGACCAGGACUGGAGAGGGCGUAGAGCCUUUUCUUAGGCUGUGGAGCAGGGGAACAGGCAGUGCUGAAAGGGGGCUGAGGCGGCUCGGGACGUGGGGGCGCCGGAGGAUGACCCAGGACUUUACUUCGCAGCCGCCAAGGCGGACGAAGAGAACUAACCCUUUCACUCGGGCGCAGGAGGAGGAUUGGCGGCGGCGAAACAAGACUGUCCUGACGUACGUGACUGCGGCCGCCGUGGGCAUGCUGGGGGCGUCCUACGCAGCUGUGCCCCUUUAUCGACUUUAUUGCCAGACUACUGGACUUGGAGGAUCAGCAGUAGCAGGCCAUGCAUCAGACCAGAUUGAAACCAUGGUGCCUGUUAAGGAUCGCAUCAUUAAAGUUACCUUUAAUGCAGAUGUGCAUGCAAGUCUCCAGUGGAACUUUAGACCUCAGCAAACUGAAAUAUAUGUAGUGCCAGGAGAGACUGCGCUGGCUUUUUAUAAAGCUAAGAAUCCUACUGAUAAACCAGUAAUCGGAAUUUCUACCUACAAUGUUGUGCCAUUUGAAGCUGGACAGUAUUUCAAUAAAAUACAGUGCUUCUGUUUUGAAGAACAAAGACUUAAUCCACAAGAGGAAGUAGAUAUGCCAGUAUUUUUCUACAUUGAUCCCGAAUUUGCUGAAGAUCCAAGAAUGUUGAAUGUUGAUCUUAUUACUCUUUCUUAUACUUUUUUUGAAGCUAAAGAAGGCCACAAGUUGCCAGUUCCAGGCUAUAACUGA